GGGCGCUUAAUCUCAGUUUAAGUCGCCUGGACGCAAAGUGUCGCCAUUUACGGCCUUCUUGACGUUUCAUAGUUUUAACCUGUCGAUUGUGGAGGUAUACGGCGCCCGCAGAGAUUUAUAGGCCAGGGUUACUCUCUCAGCUUGGCAGUUUCAUUAAACUCCAAAAUGGCACAGGAAUGCGCGUAGCAAAGCCCUGGUAAUCGAAUGUAUGUCAGCCUAGCACUGGUCCUGGCCUUACUGUACACUCUUCGGUCUGGUCGUUCUCUCAAGUACUCGUUUGUAUCUCCCCGCGUGAACAGUCGUUCUUGCAACAUACUGGAAACCAGGGCACUUACUGGACCGACAAAGAUCUACAGGACCGGUUCUAUAGUGGAGUUUAGAGGCGGUUCUACGUUUCUAGUACAACUCGAUUCCUCCAGCAAGAGGGUUCUCUGUGAUCUGGGAGGUAGGUGUAUAAAGAGGAGGAUUCGAGUUGACAUCAAUACCAAGGUAAAGGUGGAAUUCGACCUCAUUCAUCCAACCAGAGGAAGGAUUGUGGAACGACUCAGUGCCAAGAUCCCCAAGGUAAAAGUAGAGGAAAAGAAAAAGGAGGAGGAAAUCGAGGAAGAAGAGGACGACUACGACUACGAGGAGGAAGAAUAGCUUGUAAAUGUAUAGUUCAAGUUUUAUUAUCAGC